AUGCCCAGACCUACGACGCACCUUCCCCCAAUGUAUUCGGCUCCUGACGGAAAUAUUGGGGCCUCUCCGAUUGAAACUUCUAGAGACAAUUCCUCUGUAGGGGGAAAAAGUGCCAAGAUCGGGCAAGUGAUUCACCAUUGCUUUUACAAGACAGGACUAGUGAUAUUAGAGUCACGACUCAAUAUAGCUGGGAGCAGCUCCUCUCGAGAAGGAACUAAAAAGAAUAAAUGGUUUAAUUUGGAAGUUAAUGAAACAGAUGUGUAUGCUGACCAGUUUAAAUUAUGGAAGUCAAUUGAUAUGACUGCCGACCGAAAGAUCCCUCCGAUGGUAUUACAUACGUAUUUGGACAUGUCGGAUUUGUCUAGAAAUCAAAAACUGUCUAUAUUUGAUGGAAAGCAACAUCAUGUCAUCGAUUUAAACCGUACUAAUGCUUCAAAAAUCGUCCUUGAACGUUGGGUAAUAUCAUUGGAUGGCGGGAGCUCUUCCACUUCCGUUGAAAUGGCCGUAUUAUACAAAAAAUUAGUUGUCCUUUUCCGUUCUUUAUACACCUAUACUCACAUUAUGCCUUUAUGGAAGCUAAAAAGUCGCAUCAAUAGACUUCGAGCUCACAAUGCUUCUUUAAAGGUCGGAUGCGCUCUUUCAACGGAUAAUUUACUUCACGAAGAUUUUAUUCCUAUUAAUGCAGUCCUCUCUCCCACGUUAGGAAACAGCAUUGCUGCAUAUUCAUUCAGCCCUGUAAACACUCCUAUGGGAAAUUUUCGUAUUUCGGUACAAUAUCGAAAAGAUUGCCAUUUUCAAUUCCAUAAUCCUGAUGCUAUGUUAUCCAAUCAACUUCUUUCUGCUGAUCUGCCCAGUAUUGAAUCUCAUUUUGAUAGGAAUCAAUCGACUACAGAUGGUGGAAAUCAAUACUUACAUCCUCACUCAUCUUCGUUAGUUCGACGGCAAUCGAAAUCGAAUGAUCCGAAUUUGCUUUUGGAAUCUGAGAUACAACAGCUCGCUAGUGUUGAGUCAAUAACUGCUCAUGCUGCUCCUCUUGUUUCUAUACAUCCUUUUAAAUCCCCUUCACUUUCUGCUUCUCCGGGAUCCAAUUUGGAUACAAUGUCCAUAUCUCCAAAAGUUGCUGUUAAUCGAUAUAUUCAUCGUGGGCCUUCUUGCUCUUCAUUAAAUAGGGUUUCCGUUAUUUCAGAAAGUUUAAAUAAAUCGCGGCCGAAAAUGCCCAUUCUUCCUAGUUCUGGUAGUACCGGUUUAAGUGGCAACGAUUUUCACAAUCACCCGAUGCUUCGACGAUUCAGCAGUAGUUUUGUACCAAAGGAACGAAGAGGAAGUACUAGUUCAAGAGCUCGAUUACAGUUGGCGGCUAACCAGCCCAUUCGUAGUGUUCAAAAACACGACAGUUAUGAAACCAGUAGUGCAGAUCGAAGUGGCCAAGUCGCUGAUGAGACUGAAUAUGCACCACGAGAUGAUUUAAGUGGAUUCAUACAGCUAUUAGAUAAUCAUGCUCAACAUUUACAACACUAUGGUGAAAGCAAGUCAGAAUCUUCUUCUUUGGGAAAGCCGGGGGAUCCGAUUUUGAAUGAAUCUCCUCGUUUAGGACCACGUAAAAUAUCUGAAAGUAGUAACGAGUUGUUCGGUUUUGAGUCUUUUACUCCAAAUCCAAAUACUGCAGUUACAGACGAUAAAGCGUCAGCUCCAAAGGAAGAUUUGACUAACUCGAAUCAUCAUAUAGUGCAUGACCAUACUUUAGGUGCAUUGUGCUCGAGACUUUCUUUCUCUGAGAAACCCGCUGAUUCUGUUAGUUUGUCCCCCUUGUCUCCUGCAUACAUGCCACAAGGGACUACCGAAGGUAGCGCUCCAGCCUCACUUCCAAUUUCGUUUGAUAAGAGUGAGAAAAAUUUGGUAGCUCCUGCUACUUAUCCCAUACUGGAACAACGAGAGACAAGUAGGAGUACUUCUUCUUCGGUGCCGCCACGUUUCGAAUAUCAGACAAGUUUGUCAAAAUCUCUGGACCAUUCUUUGACGUCUACAAGCUAUCAACCUACGAAGACUCCCGCACCUUCGUUUGUGCUCGAGUCAAAUCUUUCUCACCAGUAUCCAAACCAACAUUAUGAUUCCAUGCCUGAGAAUCAUCAAACUGUUGCUCCUUCAACCCCUGCUUUUGAAUAUUUAAAUGAACAUAAUGCAAAUUAUGAUGACGACCUACUCUUUGCGAUGACCGAUAUGGCUUUAGAAACUCACCCUACAACUACCUUACGAAUCGGAUCGAAGGAUAAUGAAGGAAUAAUGAAGUGA